CAUUGAAAAAUUAAUUUAUCUGGCGGAAGUACUCCAGAUAUAUUAUAGUUUAGAUAUAUUAGUUUUUCAAUGAACUUAAAAAAUAAAAUUUCUCUUAAAUUAAGGACCGGAGGAGGGCCGGGAGUACUAUUUCUUCAAAUUAAAUAAUAAAUAUCACUCAUUUCUAUCCAACACAAUAUCUUUCUUUCCUUCACAUUGCUAAGAAACAAAUCAAUCUCUUAAAAGGGAACAACAUCUCAAAUCUCGUCACAUAAGAUCUAGCAUUCAUAGUUUUCAAAUGGCACAAUCUUCUUCACACUAUGCUUUAACAAUAUUUGCAAUUAUUGUACUAAGCAUCUUAGCCAUUGCUUUCAUAUUUAUCAACUACUUGAUUCUUGUAACUAAAUGUUGCUUAAAUUGGCACCCAUUGAGAUGGUUUUCCAUUCUACCACCUCAACAAAAUGAAGAACCUUUCAUAGCAUUCUCCCCGAGGAUUUGGAACCGCGGCGUCGACGAAUCAGUCAUCCAAGAAAUCCCAACAUUUCAAUUCACAAAAAGAGGUGAUAAUAAUGAUGAUCAUCAAACUGUAAAAGGUUGUGUUGUCUGUUUGAAUUCUUUCCAAGAACAAGAUAUGUUAAAAGUACUUCCAAAUUGUAGCCACCAUUUUCACUUAGAUUGCAUUAACAUUUGGCUUCAAACAAAUGCUAAUUGCCCUCUUUGUAGAACAAGCAUUUCAGGCAACACGCAGUUUCCGACGAACCAUAUCAUACCAGCACCAAGCUCUUCACCACAGGAUUCUCAGUUACUCUCUAACAUAGGUAGUGAUGAAGAUUAUGUGGUCAUUGAAUUGUGGGGAGAAGGAGAGAAUCGAGGAACAAUGUCGCAUAUGCAGCAAGAAAGAAACGAGCCGACAGAAAGACUAGAACCAUUGAGUAGAACUCAUUCAACAACUAGGAAAAUGGAAGAGGAGAAGAUGGUGCAGUUGAAACCAUGGAAAUGCCAUCAUGGUUCCAUAAUGGGUGAUGAAUGUAUUGAUGUUAGAAAGAAAGAUGAACAAUUUUCUUCUAUUCAGCCUAUUAGAAGAUCUUUCUCAUUAGAUUCUGCAAGUGAUAGAAAAGUUUACUUGGAUGUUCAAGAUAUCAUCCAACAGAAUAAUAGGCAUCAAAGUAAGGAUUGUGGUAAUGAAGAUUGUAAUAGUAGCAGAGGUAGAAGAUCAUUCUUUCCAUUUCGGUAUGGUAGGGUAUAAGAAACUGCAGUAAUUUCUGUCGAAAACAUAGUAUAAUAAUACUACAAUGUAAACUUGUAAUGUAAUGUGAUAAUAUGAUUUUAGUUUGUUUUUUUCCCUGUCUGUUCUAUUCUAAACUUUCAUUCCCAGAAUAAUUAUUGGUCAAA